AUGGCUGAGAACUCGCAACAGUUUGGAGUCAGAUUUGAGGGAGUGACUCGAAGGGUCAACGAGGUUAAUCAUUCUGACCUUGCGAAUAGAUUAACUGAACUAACUGCCUUGAUUCGUCAAAUAACUAGAGGACAAGUACAGGCAACUAAAGCAUGUGGAAUAUGUACUGCUCCUAAACACAUGACCGAUAUGUGUCUGACCCUUCAAGAAGACCUCAACGAGCAAGCCAGCGCCAUGAGAAGUUUGCCUGGACCACCCCAAAGGAGAAAUGACCCGUAUGCACCUACAUACAAUCUAGGGUGGGGGAACCACCCCAACUUUAGCAAUGCUCCGAAACCCUCGGGUUUUCAACAACCAUUCCAGCAGAGACCACCAGUACAGCAACCAUUUGCGUCUAAUUCAGAGACUCGUACCAGCAUUCGGAAUUUGGAGACCCAAAUGUCACAAUUGGCGUCUUUAGUGAGCAAUCUUGAGAAUGGUAAAGGGAAGCUAUCAUCUCAGUUCUCAAGAUCGGAAGCAACAAGAGCCGAAGAUGAACAAGUGUCUUGGAGAAGGAAAAAGUUGGCUAAAACCAAGAAAGAAGAGUCAGAGAAGGAGAUUUUGGAUACCUUUAGGAAAGCGGAAAUCAACAUCCUUUUGCUUGAUACGAUUAGGCAGUUGUCAAAAUAUGCAAAGUUUUUGAGAGGGUUGUGUAUAAACUGGAACAAGUUGAAUUUUCACGACAAAGUAAAGGUGGGUAAGAAUGUGUCAACAGUCCUUCAAAGAAAGUUGCCGCAAAAAUGCAACGAUCCAGGUAUGUUCACGAUACCAUGCAUCAUAGGCCAGAAGAGGAUAGACAGAGGUAUGCUUGAUCUAGGGGCAUCUAUUAACGUCAAGCCUUUGUCAAUAUUUAGGGCCUUAAACUUAGGACCUCUAAAAGAUACAAGGGUAAUAAUUCAACUAGUCGAUAGGUCAAAUGUUUACCCUGAGGGUGUGGUUGAAGACGUCCUAGUGAAAGUUAAUGAGUUUAUCUUUCCUGCUGAUUUCUAUUUUGUUGACAUGAAUGACGAUAACUCAGUUAAUUCAACUGUACUCCUUAUGGGUAGACCAUUCAUGAGUAUGGCCAGGACCAAGAUAGAUAUGCAUGAAGUGACAGGUUGUCAAGCCUGUGCAAUAAUAAUAACCUGCUCAAACAAAAGCUAA